UGCCAGGUCCCCGCUCUUAGUUGCUGCGCACCGCAGAAAACUUUGUGUCCCGGGAUAAUGCAGAACCCAGGACAGCAGGUGAGUCAGCUUGCACACCAGAACUCCGUCAGUACUUUGCUGGCACGAGUUCGUGCACGCAGUGCCGGGACACCAAUGCCGUACGCCGCACAGGGUCCUGUUGAGAACUCAGAAUCCGGCAGAGGAUACACCCUUGGCAGGGAGUACCCCACGAUGGGUCAUGGCGACAUGUUCUCGGGCAUCGUGACGCCUGUUGCCCUGAGCUUGACUUUCUGCAUCAUGGUCGGUAAGACCCUCGCCAAGUGAUUCUGUUUCGCAUCUGAGCCAGGCAACUCAGUCUUGGCCUUUGACAUCAGAUGUUUCUUGAAGUUCAUGUACAGUUAUUCCCUUGAGCCCACGGAACCAGGUCCCUGACCCGCUGUUGUGGUCCAGAGGGUGAACAAAGGUUCAGGUUUGUUGCUGCCCACGUUGGCAACAGACUGACAUCCCAAAACAGCAACGCUCAACCCAGCGG